UCUGUUAAAUGAAAUCAUGAUUUGACGAUGAUACGAUGGAUUUGGCAAUAUUAAAUCAUAUCAAUAUUUAUGAUCUUUGCAUGGCUAAUAAAAGAUUCUAUAUCCAAAUAUAUAAUAUCUUCUGUUAAUUUCAUGAGUAUUUGAUCUCUCAGAUUCAUCGAUUACUUACGGAGAAAUUAUUAAGGUUCUGACUAGGGAUCUAAUUAAGUAAUUAGUAAGGUAGUGAAUGAUGAGGAAUGGUGGUGGUGGGCCUUCUAAUGCUAAUGGUAUCCCUCCCGGUGUUUUGGAGAAGAUGAUGGAGCUUUGCCCUGAAUAUGGAGAUCUUGAUUACGAUGAACUCUUAGAGCAUCAGGAAAGUGUGUACCAAUCACUGAAAGGAAUUGAGAGCAGCAGCAGCACAAAAUUAAACAAAAACGAUGAAUUGAUUGAUUCACAACUAGCUUUGGAUGAAGCUUUAGCUAUAGCAUUGCAGGAUAUGGAGAAUCAACUUGAACAUUUUAGUCUAUAUUCUUCUUCUUCUACUGAACAUGAAAAUGGCCCUUCACAAGAACCAAAUAACCAUGUCCACCACCACCACCACCACCACCCAGAAGAAGAAGAACAACAAACGGCUGCCACUGUUGGUGCAGAUCAUGUCGGUGAAGAUGGUAUUGAUCCAGAUAACAUGAGUUAUGAGGAACUGCAAUCACUUGGGGAAGCUGUAGGUACAGAGAACAGAGGACUAUCAAAAAAGGCCAUAUCCAAACUCAAAACAACCAAGUUUGGCAGCUCCUCCUCUGGUGGUGGCGGACGUUGGUUAUUCAAGAAACAAACUAAGGAAAAGGAAGAAGAAGAAAAAGAAAAAGAUUGCCCUAUAUGUUGCAUGGCGUACAAAGAAGGAGAGAAGCUUACAAUUUUACCUUGUAAACAUUUGUAUCAUACCCAUUGUAUCAAUACUUGGCUCAUGAAAAGAAAGAACUGCCCUCUUUGUAAGCGGGAGAUUCACUAGGAGCAAUGCCAUCAUAUUUACCAAUAAGACUUUGUAGUCUGGAUGACCCAAAAUAUUUUGUACAUGGAUCUAACUAGAUUUGAUUUGUUUUGUUUGUUUUAUAUUAUUAUCAUUGUAGUCUACUAAAAAUAACUCCAUGAUAUAUAUUUCUUCUCAUAUAGUGCUUAUGUUGAUGCUAAACAUUUUGUAUUAUUGAAUUCCUUGUUUUUUUUAUUAAUACACAUUCCUAAUGACAAUGACCAUGGAAAUUGAUGGCAUACAUAUAUAUCGAUAGAUAGCUCUCUUAGAUUUAAGUUUUAUUUAUCAAAUUAUUUAUUAUUUUU